GUCGCAAUUUAUAAGCAACAACCUCCUCUCUUUUCCUUCAAAUCCUGUUUCAUUUGAUCCCUUAUUGACCAUGUCGCUUCAUCUUCUAACUUCAUUUCUCCUUUUGAUUUUCACUUUACUUGUCUUCUUUCUUAUAACCAGAACCAGAAGCUCAAAAUCAUCAUCAGCUCCAGCUGAUGUAAUUCUUCCAAAAUCCUACCCAAUAGUGGGCUCUUUUUUCUCAUUUCUAGCCAAUCGAAACCAAUUACUCCAGUGGGUAACUUCUAUUCUGCAAAAUGUUCCUUCUGCAACAUUUUCCUUGCACAGGUUAGGGGGCCAGGUUACCAUCUUGACAGCCAAUCCCGCCAAUGUCCAACACAUCCUCAAAACUAACUUCUACAAUUAUCCAAAAGGCGCUGGAAUUCGAACAACUCUAUUCGACUUUCUCGGUCAUGGUAUUUUCAAUGUUGACGGCGAACAAUGGAAGUUUCAAAGACAAAUUUCAAGCCACGAAUUCAAUACCAAAUCCCUUCGUAAAUUUGUCGAAACCGUCGUUGAAACGGAACUCUCCGAGCGCCUUUUUCCUCUUCUUGAAAGCGCUGCUGCCAAUAAACAAGUGCUCGAUUUUCAAGAUGUUCUCCAAAGAUUCGCUUUUGAUAAUAUAUGCAGAAUCGCUUUUGGGUACGACCCUGAAUAUCUAUUGCCAUCUUUUCCAGAAGCCAAGUUCGCUCGAGCUUUUGAUGAGGGUGUCAAAAUAAGCAGCGAAAGAUUUCGAGCGACUUUACCAAUAGUCUGGAAAAUUAAACGCCUUCUCAAUAUUGGCUCCGAAAAGCAUCUAAAACUUGCAGCUUCUGAAGUCCGGGAAUUUUCAAAGAACAUUAUAGAAGAAAAGAAAAAAAACCCUGGUGAGUCUAUGGAUCUUUUGUCAAGAUUCUUGAGUUCAGGCCAAUACGACGAUGACUUUGUUACUGAUAUAGUCAUCAGCUUCACGCUCGCCGGUCGAGACACCACAUCGGCAGCUUUGACGUGGUUCUUCUUGCUGAUCUCAAAACACCCAGAAGCCGAAAAAGAAAUUCUCAAUGAAAUCAAAGAAAAAUCAAACACGCCAGUUUAUGAAGACAUCAAAGACAUGGUGUACACGCAUGCCUCACUUUGCGAGAGCAUGAGAUUCUACCCACCUGUACCGGUAGACCCCAAGUUUGCUGACAAGGACGACGUAUUGCCGGACGGGACAGUUGUGAAGAAGGGCAUGCGAGUGGCGUAUCAUCCGUACGCGAUGGGGAGAAUGGAGAAGCUAUGGGGAAAAGACUGGAGCGAGUUCAAGCCAGAGAGGUGGUUGAAGAGGGAAGAAGAUGAAACGUGGAGCUUUGUGGGGAGGGAUUCUUACACGUAUCCGGUGUUUCAAGCGGGGCCGAGGAUAUGUUUAGGAAAGGAGAUGGCGUUUUUACAAAUGAAAAGAGUAGUAAGUGGCGUUUUAAAGAGGUUUAAGGUGGUGCCGGUGAUAGAGGAGGGCGUUGAGCCGGAGUUUGUGGCUCAUUUAACGGCCAAGAUGAAAGGUGGGUUUCCCAUCAGGAUUGAGGAGAGGAAUGAGUCCAAGUGAAAGCGAAAGCAGGGGAUUAUAAUGAUUAUUAUUAUUUAUGUAUCAGUUUUUUGACUUUGCAUUUCGGUGUUAUAGUAUGCGUACAAGAUUUUUUUUUUAAUAAAAUAAAAUUACGUGUA